CCAAGGUCCCAAUGAGCAACAAGCUCACUUUGAAAUUCUUUUUCCAUUUUCAAGAUAGCAUUCGCAAAACACGAGAUGGCUUUGAAGACUGGAUACUUACACGAUGAUGCUUUUGGCGAUGGCCGUCUCCAAGUCACUGAUCUACAUACAGUGCAUUACUUCCAAUUCGGCAAGAGAGAUGGAAAGCCAGUCAUUUUCCUCCACGGUGGGCCUGGUACAGGCUGCAAGAAGCAAAAUACCGUCUUCUUCGACCCCGAAAUCUAUCGCGUUGUUCUUCUAGACCAGCGUGGUACAGGGUUAUCCACCCCGCGCGGCGAGACCUGCGAGAACACCACGCCAGCUCUUGUAUCUGACAUCGAAGCGCUGCGCAAGCAUAUUGGUAUCGAGAAGUGGCAUAUGGUAUUUGGAGGGUCGUGGGGAUCCGCAUUAGGUCUUGCAUACGCCCAGACGCACCCUGAGCGAUGCGGAUCACUCGUCAUUCGGGGCGUCUUUCUGGGGACACAAGAAGAAAACGACAGGCAUGCGCUUUCCACUUCCAUGAUCUUUCCGGAGGUAUAUGAUCGCUUCGUGAACUACAUUGCACCAGAAAAACGAGGGAAUAUCCCAGCAGCGUACCACGAGCUGCUCACAUCAAACGAUCCUGCCAUUGCGCAAGAAGCGGCCUAUGAGUGGGACAGACCAGAAGUUACGUUCACAGCGGUUCAAGAGGAGCCAGAAGCCGACGACGUGGAACGCAUUCUUCAAGAGAAAGUGGAGCAGAUGACCUCUGCGCUCAUCUGUACCCACUAUAUGCUCCACGAGUGUUUCUUGGGACCUACUGAGCUGGUCGAUGGGUGUGACAGGAUUCAACAUAUCCCAGUUCGCAUUGCGCAGGGACGUCUCGACUUCGUUUGUCCACCUAGAGCCGCGUAUGAGAUCCACAAGCGGUUGCCGAAGAGCGAACUGCAUUGGUUGCCGAAAGCCGGCCAUUCUGCUAUGGAGCCAGAUAUCUUAGACAAGCUGGUUGGAUUUUGCGAUGAGCUGGCACAGGAGGAUUUGCACUUGUGAUGGUUCUAAAAUAGGGAAUGGGUAUGGUAAUUCGAUUGCCAUUGUUUGGGUAUCACUCUGGCACCCUAGAAUACGGGAGCCUCGCUCCUAUGAGCGUGUCAUCUUGCGCAGCUGUGCUAUCUGAAUCCCACCAACUGUCAUGCAAUAAAGUGACC